CCGGGGGGAAUGAAGCGGCCUCGGCGGGCCAGCGGCGGAGUCGUGUAGCGGAGAAGCGGCUCGCCCCUCUCUGUUUCCCUUGGCCGCGCCGGGGGCGCGCGCGCGCGCGAGGCCGUCCGGAGCAGGCUCCCCACUUCUCGGCUCCCUCGACCCGCACCACAUCCGCACCGGGCCCGGAGGAUGAUGAAGCUCAAGUCGAACCAGACCCGCACCUAUGACGGCGACGGCUACAAGAAGCGGGCCGCGUGCCUGUGUUUCCGCAGUGAGAGCGAGGAGGAGGUGCUGCUGGUGAGCAGUAGUCGCCACCCAGAUCGAUGGAUUGUCCCUGGAGGAGGCAUGGAGCCUGAGGAGGAGCCGGGGGUGGCAGCCGUCCGUGAGGUGUGUGAGGAGGCUGGAGUAAAAGGGACACUGGGAAGAUUAGUUGGAGUAUUUGAGAACCAGGAGAGGAAGCACAGGACGUACGUAUAUGUGCUCAUCGUCACAGAAGUGCUGGACGACUGGGAGGACUCGGUUAACAUCGGAAGGAAAAGAGAGUGGUUUAAGAUAGAAGAGGCCAUAAAAGUGCUGCAGUGUCACAAACCCGUGCAGGCGUCGUAUUUUGAAACGUUGCGGCAAGGCUACUCUGCCAACAACGGCACCCCGGUCGUGGCCACCACGUACUCGGUCUCCCCUCAGAGCUCCAUGUCGGGCAUCAGAUGACUGAAGACUUCUGUGAGCCGUGGGACCGGAAACUAGACUGAAGCGCAGACCCCCACCCUGGCUCCUCACUCCCUCAGGGCCUCCUUUCAGUGCAGCGGCCCGGGGACAGGGAGGGUACCCGUGUCCUCCGUUUGGCUUCUUUCUGGGGAGGGCGGGGCUGAGUGUGUAGCGUGUGAGUACUUCUGCACACAUGUCCCCUUGCAGCCCACCCUCUGAAGGGGCAGACAGCUCCCAGGUUCUCCAGUGCUCCUGUGUGUCUCAUCCAGCCCUAGCCAGACAUUUUCUUUGAUUUAAAAAAACAUUUUUUUUUUUAUUAAAAGAUACCAGUGUGAGAUGAACCUUUUCAAGAAUCUGUCCUAUAACGUGCCGUUUAGUCCAGUAGGUCGGGCACUUUCACUGCAGGACACAUUUAUCUACACGUUAUAUCCUGGACAUAUAAUAUGUAAAUAAAUGAUUUCUGGAGGCAUUGACCUGUUUAAUAUUCCAAGGUUUUUGUUUUUGUAAUUCAGGGUGUUUCUCAUAUGGAGACCCUCAUGAUUAAUUUUCAUUUUUGUUUUUGACACCAGUGGCCAGGCCAAUCCCCGUGCUCUGGCCCCCAUGGGCUGUAGCUGCAUAGGGCGGGCUUCUCUGGAAGCCAUGUUUCCGUGCCAGGAUCUAUGGCUUCGGCCCAGACCUGAAGAAACAAUGACAGAAAUUGAAUCCCGCCCUACAUGCGCACAAUGGGGCUGGAACUGGAUUCCUGGGGUUACUUUCUCGGAAACUGGAGCACCAGGCACUGUUUGCACCCUCUGCUGUGUGAGAUCUUUUCUGUAAUGCUACUUGUUGCUGGCACGGCCUCUCCGCCUCUCCGCCUCUCCUCUCACCCGUGCAUGUCUUACGCCUGCUGCUCCAGAUGUCGUCCUUGGCCAGUGCAGAUCUGCACACCCCGUCCCUGUGCUGGGUGACCUGUUCCGGAGUAGAGGCAGGUGUGCCUGGCCUUGCAGUGUCGUGGUGCUUGCAGCAUGGAGUCUGCGCAGAAAGUCACCAGCUCUCUGGCUUCAAAGGUGCAAGCUGUGCCAAGCAGUGCUAGAGGAGGCUGCGCAGUCGGCAGCGGUGUGGCUCACUGCAGUCUUGAUGGUUUUCAUACAGGUGUUGUGAUACAGAUUUUGUGGUCACAGUGGCCCAUUGUGUGGUUUCCUUGGGAAGUGAGAGGGUUUUGGAAAGGGUUUGGGAAUGGGGGGCGGGGUGGGGGCAGGGGACAGAGGGUGGCACUGACCAGGCCCUGGUUUAGGAUGGGAGGUUGUUGCUCUUCUCUCUCAGUGACACCUCCUGUCAGACAUGGCCAAGAUGUGAAAUUAAAGUCGUAGUACUCUUCAAUCAAAGAUUCUAAUAAAUACUCAAACUUUAAAAAGCUUUUGCUUUUCCCUCCCACCAAGAGAAACACAUCUGGUAGCCCUGUGUCAUUUAGUGUUCAAUGUUUUGGGUUUUUUUUUUUUUUUUUGGUACCGGGGAUUGAACUCGGGUCCUUGCACCUGUGCAGCAGGCGGCGAAACCACUGAGCUAAAUCCCCGGCCCUGUUGAGUGUUUUUUGAGACAACACUUGGUGAACUUUAAAUAUUGCUCUGCUGUUCUGAGUUUGCAUUCUUUCUUCUAACCUUAAACACAGAGCCAAAAGGCAGUGCUGGGAGUUUCCCGGAGUCCCCUCUCCAGUGAAAGCCCCGAUGGCCCCUGUGGGGUUCCGGGAGAGAACAGCACUGGAGGUUUGAGUCCAGAUGCCAGCUUACUGUCCAUGUCCUGCUUAAAAAUGAAUGCAUUGCUUUGGGUGCCAGUCAAAGUUCUGUGCAAAUAAAUAAAGAGGAAAUAAAUAAAGUAAAUUUAA